UUAUAAAUCGUUACCACUGGUCGCUUAAUUUAGCUCCGAUUGGUUCCGAGCUCCUUCUUCUUCCUCAUCACUCGUCUUCUCCGACUUGCCUUUCAUCUCACUUACCUCAAUUUCUAAAUCUCUUUCAUUUCAAAUCUCUUUUCUUUUGUUUCCAAUUCGACAGAACAUCUCUUUAAUUUAUAUAGUCAACCUUUGUGUUUGAGCUUUUGGUAUAUGGGUGGUGGUUCCGCGACGUCGCUCGCUCCUGGGUUCCGGUUUCAUCCCACGGACGAAGAACUUGUUCGUUACUAUCUCAAACGAAAGAUCUGCAAUAAACCCUUUAAGUUUGAUGCUAUCUCUGUUGCCCAUGUUUACAAAUCCGAGCCUUGGGAUCUCCCAGACAAGGCGAAGCUGAAAAGUAGAGACUUGGAGUGGUACUUCUUCAGUACGCUUGAUAGCAAGUAUGGUAAUGGAUCGAAGACGAAUCGUGCGACUGAGAUGGGUUAUUGGAAGACGACUGGGAAAGAUCGGGAGAUUCGUAAUGGGUCAAAGGUCGUCGGGAUGAAGAAGACUCUUGUUUAUCACAAAGGUCGAGCUCCUCGUGGCGAAAGAACCAAUUGGGUUAUGCACGAGUAUAGGCUGGUUGAUGAAGAACUCGAGAAAACCGGUGUUCACCAAGAUGCGUAUGUGCUUUGUAGGAUUUUUCAGAAGAGUGGCUCAGGACCUAAAAAUGGAGAGCAGUAUGGUGCUCCGUUUGUUGAGGAAGAGUGGGAGGAGGAGGAUGAUAUGUCAUUCGAACCUGAUCCAGAUCUUGGAAGUGAAGAUCAUGUUUAUGUCCAUAUGGAUGACACUGAUCAGAAGCCUGACAACCUUGUGGUCUAUGAUGCCAUUCCUCUCCCGUUAAACUUUAAUCAUGGGGAAUCAAGCAAUAAUGCUGAAACAAACUACUCAGAUUCCAUAAACUAUAUACAACCAGGAAACUAUGUGGACUCUGGUGGCUACUUUGAGAAACCAGAAGAAUGUUCUGAGAAAGAUCAGAAGCCUAUUAUCUGUGACGGUAACCUUCAUAAUGAGGCAUUGUUUCAAGAUGAUGAAAUUGGCUCUGGUGUCCAAAACGAGCAAAUGGCAAAUUUGCAAUCUUCUGACAACAUGUUUGGGACUGGUUCAUUAUGCUACAAUGAUUUGUCUGUUGAGAGCAACUACUUGAUCGGUGAUGCGUUUCUGGAUCCGAAUAGUAAUCUUCUGCAUAAUGAUGGUCUGUACCUUGAAACAAAUGAUCUCAGCAGUACUCAGCAAGAUGGUUUCUACUUUGAAGAUUAUCUUACCUUCUUUGAUGAGGACGAUGAGAAUGCUCAAAACUUGACUUUCGAUCCUUCUCAACUGAUGGGAAAUGAAGAUGCUUUUGUUGAUCAAGAAGAGCUCUUUCAAGAGAUCGAGACUGAGGAACUAAAAAAAGAAGAGACCAUAGGAGACAAACAAGUGGUGGAAGAAAAGGAAAAGGAUGAAGCAUCUUGUUCAAAACAAUUUGAUGCAGAUGCAACAGAGUUUGAGCCAGAUUACAAGUACCCAUUCCUCAAAAAGGCAAGCGACAUGUUGGGAGCUAUUCCCGCUCCGCCUGCAUUUGCUUCUGAGUUCCCUACAAAGGAUGCAGCUAUCCGGUUAAACGCAGGACAAUCAUCAGGCUCAGUUCAUGUAACCGCAGGUAUGAUCACAAUAUCAGACAGCAACAUGGGCUGGUCAUACGACAAAAACGUGAACCGUGACUUAAUCCUUUCUUACCAUUUUGUCCAAGAGAAUGCGUCCGGGAAAUUAGGAAAUAGUUUAACAAGGGCAAUGUUAAUCUUCAUGUGUUUCUGGAUCCUCCUACUCUCAGUUAGUUUCAAAGUAAGCACUUUGGUCGCUUCCCGGUGAUAAGUACCAUACUUUGAAACAAGACUUUUGUGUUUUUGUAAACAUUAUUGAUAUAGAUUCACUUGCAGUUUUCUGCUACUCAAAUGUUUUGGUUCUCUAAUUCUAUUGAAUAAUCUCAUUUUUAUAUCA